GAUUUUUUUUCCCUGUGACUCCAGUGACUUUUGAGAUGAGAUCAAACGCCUUUGAGUAACGAAUUUGGAAAACGAUUUCAAAAUCUGAAUUUUUUUCAAGUGUAAAUUUGUGAUUUUGGAACAAUUAAAAACUAAAGAUUGUGAACCCAAGUGAAUUUGGAGAUUAAAAACACAGAACUAUUUUUUUCGAGUGCUUUGUAAAGAUUUUGGAACAUUUAAAAACUAAAGAUUUUUAACGCUAGUGACUGUGAAACUUACGAACAUCAUGCCUCCCUUGGCGGCGAUCCGUGGCCUCUGGCUCCUGGCUGUCCUGGGGAUCCUCAAGGGGAUUCCCGGCACCGCGGGCAUUCCCAACGAUCAGUACCUGAAGAUGUUUCCGCAACAGGCGCCGCCCCAGGAUGACCUGUGCUACGACAGGGCCCGCGAGCCGAAGGUCUGCGUUCCGGAAUUCGUAAACGCCGCCUUGGAUGCGCCCGUGGUGGCCAGCUCCACCUGUGGAUCCAUGGGAUCAUCGGCUAACCCACAGCGGUACUGCGAGUUCCAGGAGCACGAGCGAUCCUGUCACACCUGCGAUGCGAAUGAUCCCCUACGGAGCUUUCCCGCCCGCUACCUCACCGACAACAACAACUCGAACAAUGUGACCUGCUGGCGCAGUGAGCCCGUCCUCGGGAGCGGCGACAAUGUGACCUUGACCCUGUCGCUGGGCAAGAAGUUCGAGCUGGUCUACGUGGUCCUGCAGCUGUGUCCCCACGCACCGCGUCCCGACUCGAUGGCCAUCUACAAGAGCACCGAUCACGGCCUCACCUGGCAGCCCUUCCAGUUCUACAGCUCCCAGUGCCGCCGGCUCUUCGGUCGUCCAGCCCGCCAGGCGACGGGGCGGCACAACGAGCACGAGGCCCGCUGCUCGGACCUCACGCGUCCCAUGGGCGGCUCGAGGAUCGCCUUCAGGACUUUGGAGGGCAGACCGUCGGGCAAGGAUCUGGACUCGUCGCCCGUCAUGCAGGACUGGGUGACGGCCACGGACAUUCGGGUGGUGUUCCAUCGCCUUCAGAGAGUGGGGGAUCCGCAGGCCGUGCUCUCGCUGGAUGCCGGCCACGGAGGAGCCUCGGUGGAUCUGGCCGGGGGCAAGUACAGCGUUCCACUGGCCAACGGCGGAUCUGGUCCCACUGGCAACAACAUCGAGUUGUCCCACGAGGGCGCAGGGGGCAGUAGCGGCAGCGGCAGUGGACUGCACUACGCCAUCUCCGAUUUCGCGGUGGGCGGGCGGUGCAAGUGCAACGGCCACGCCUCCAAGUGCUCCACCGACGCCAGCGGGCAGCUGAACUGCGAGUGCAGCCACAAUACCGCCGGCAGGGACUGCGAGCGCUGCAAGCCCUUCCACUUCGAUCGCCCCUGGGCAAGGGCCACCGCCAAGGAGACCAACGAGUGCAAGGAAUGCAUUUGCAACAAGCACGCCCGCCAGUGCCGCUUCAACAUGGAGAUCUUCCGUCUGUCCCAAGGCGUCUCCGGCGGAGUCUGCCAGAAUUGCCGCCACUCGACCACCGGACGCAAUUGCCACCAGUGCAAGGAGGGAUUCUACAGGGACACCACCAAGCCACUCACCCACCGCAAGGUUUGCAAAGCCUGCGAGUGCCACCCGAUCGGCUCAUCUGGCAAGAUCUGCAACAGCACCAGCGGUCAAUGUCCCUGCAAGGACGGGGUCACCGGACUGACCUGCAACCGAUGUGCCAGGGGAUACCAGCAGAGCCGCUCCCACAUCGCCCCCUGCAUAAAGCAACCGCCGCGAAUGAUCAACAUGCUGGACACCCAGAACACCGCUCCCGAGCCGGAUGAGCCCCAAUCCUCGCCAGCUGUGGGCGGCGAUCGCAGUGGCGCCACCGGAACGGCCGCCCAGUCGCAGUAUUAUCGCACAGAGGGCGGCAGGGAAUGCGGCAAAUGCAGAGUCAGCACCAAAAGGCUAAACCUAAACAAGUUCUGCAAAAGAGACUACGCAAUAAUGGCCAAAGUAAUUGGUCGCGAUACGAGCAGCGAGGCGGCGGCCAGCAGGGAGGCUCCACGACGCGCAAUGGAUCCCGACGGGGAGGACUACGAAAUGGACCAGGAUCAGCCGGGAUCGAUUACGCCGGCGGACUAUCACUAUCCCAAUCCCAACUCCAGUCCCAGCGACAGCAGCAGCGAAGUGGAGCGCUACGAUCUGCAGAUUCAGGCCGUCUUCAAGCGCAGCAGGCCAGGCGAAAGCAGCGGCGCGGGGAACGUCUACGGAAUGCCGAGUACAAUCCUAAAACGCGGUCCUAUGACCUGGAUCAUACCGACUAAGCACCUGGAGUGCCGCUGCCCCAAGAUCAGAGUAAACAGAUCCUAUUUGAUCUUGGGUCGGGACUCGGAGGCGCCACCCGGUUACCUGGGCAUCGGGCCGCACUCCAUAGUGAUCGAGUGGAAGGAGGACUGGUAUCGACGCAUGAAGCGCUUCCAACGGAGGGCGCGCACCUGUGCGUAAUCCUCCAGCCGAUUAUGCAAUAGUAGUCCCAAGAAUCUAGGUUCUAAGAAAUGAUUGAGAGAGCAUGGAGAACAAUCAAAUCGUGUCAUUUUGUUUUUUUUUUUGUGAUUUUGUCAAAUGUCAAUGUCAAUUUAACCGAUUUUGUAGCAGUUAAAAAUCAAACUAGCUGUAUUUAAUUUAUUUAAUUAACUUCAAUUGUUACAAGGCAAUCGGUCAUUGAUUAAUAUAUCAAUCAAUCAAUCAAUCAAACCCACGAAAGUAUCUAUACAUGUAAUCUAUGUAAUCUAUAUAUACGACUUGUAUUAUUCGCUAAAUUAAGAUUCCUGUCAGCCCAGUUUAAGCAUUUGUGAACGAUUUACGUACUAGGGCAGUCUCGAGAAAGCGAAAAGAGCGCCAGUAAGCAAUAAUUUAUCUGUAAGAAGCACCUUGAUGCAUGCAUGACUCGCAAAAAAUCGUAAUUAAUAAAUAUUGUACAGAGCAAA